UGUUGGAUGGAACUGGCUCAGGGCUCUCUGGCGGACGGACUUACCAGGAAACUUUUUGCCGUUUUCCGUCUUCGCCCAGUCUCUGCAAGUUUGACCUUAUUUUAAAAAGGAGUGGGACGUUGCCCUGCAUCCCCUAACAGCAUUCAUUUCUUUGCACCCCAAUAUCCCUGGACCUCCGGCAUAAACUACCGGCGUGAGGGGGGUCGGAGGAAGGCCACGGAUGACCGAGGAGUUGUUUAUGUAUCUCUCUGGCUCUCCCAUAACGAGUUACGGUCGUUGCAUACCUCAUAUAUUUAUCCCUGAUAAUGAGCGGACAUCCUUCGCAACGGCGACAAGCAAAUGUCUCGUCCAUACAACUGACACCGCAGGAAAAUGAAUGCCUUUUCAACCACCUUGGCAGGAAAUGUAUCUCAUUGUCCGCAGCAGUGGUCCAGGUGUUCACGGCAGACAGGAACUCCAGCUGGAACAAGAGAUGCUGCGGGGUGGCCUGUCUGGUCAAAGACAACCCCCAGCGAUCCUACUUCAUCCGGGUCUUGGACAUCAAGGAUGGUAGGACACUGUUUGAACAGGAGCUGUACAACAACUUCAGCAUCUACGUUCCCAAACCCUACUUCAUCACAUUUGCUGGAGAUACAUGCCAAGUGGGUCUGAACUUUGCCAGUGAGGAGGAGACCAAGCGUUUCCACAACCAUUUGACAGAGCUAAUUGGGAGAAGACAAAGGAAAUCUGAGAAGAGACGCGACCCUCCAAAUGGCCCGACGUUGCCCAUGGCUACUAUCGACAUCAAAAACCCAGAGAUCAGCAAUGUCCAACGUUUCCAUAAAAACGCUCAGGUGAACAACAUUGUGACCUUUCCAAAGAGGGAGAAAAAGGGCAAGGCGAAGAAGAAGAGGCUCACCAAGGCAGACAUCGGCACACCGAGCAACUUCCAGCACGUUGGGCAUGUAGGAUGGGAUCCAAACACAGGUUUUGAUUUGAAUAACUUGGACCCCGAGCUGAAGCAUCUGUUUGAUAUGUGUGGCAUCUCUGAGGCUCAGCUGAAGGACAAGGAGACCUCGAAGGUCAUCUACGACUUCAUUGAGAAGAAAGGAGGCGUAGAAGCUGUCAAAAACGAGCUACGGAGACAAGGUCCGCCCAGGUGGCUUGCUCCUCCGCCCCCUCCAUCCAGAGGCGGCCCUCCUCCCCCGCCCCCACACCAUGGCUCUGCCCCACCUCCUCCUCCUCCAGCCAGGGGGCGAGGUGCCCCGCCACCACCUCCCCCCUCCAGAGCUCCCAUCUCUGCACCCCCUCCUCCCCCUCCGUCUCGACCGGGCAUGACCGCUCCACCGCCUCCACCACCCAGCCGAGUCUCUCUCCCGCCUCCCCCUCCACCAGCCCAUGCCUCAAUUUCUGUGGCUCCUCCCCCACCACCUCCUCCUCCCUCAUUCUCAACUCCAUUCAGUACAGGAGCACCGCCUCCUCCCCCUCCGCCUCCGCCGCCACCUGGCCCUCCGCCCCCUGGCCCUCCGCCCCCUAUGCUGCCCACGGAGGCUAAUGGAGGGGAUUCAACCAAGUCGGAACUGCUGACUCAGAUCAGAGGAGGCACCAAUCUGAAGAAGGUGGAUCAGAAAGAGAGGCCGGUGUCCACCAAUACCGGCAGAGACGCACUUCUGGACCAAAUCCGACAAGGAACCAAACUCAAAGUGAGGGAUGACAGUACGGACUCAUCCCCUUCCACCCCGGCCCUCUCGGCAGGCAUCGUGGGGGCCCUGAUGGAGGUGAUGCAGAAACGGAGCAAGGCCAUUCACUCUUCAGAUGAGGACGAUGAUGAUGAUGAGGACUUUGAGGAUGAAGAUGAGGAUGAAUGGGAGGACUAGCGAUCAUUUCUUUUUUUCCUUUUUCCUCCCCUCUCCAGGCCGUGGAUGAUUAUGACACUAAAAUAACUCAAAAGAAAUCUUUGAUUUCAAAAUUCUAAAUGUAAAUGUUCCAUCAAUUUGGUGUAUAUUUUUGUUGCCUUUUUUUUAUUAAUCUGUGCAAUACCUCAUGUAAUCUGUAAAUGUUUGUCAUUCUCAUAUCUCCGUCAUGUCCGUCUCUGCUCUGCCGCCUCCAUCUCGUCUCCCGAUAGCAAUAUGUCUCCUUUUAACUGUGUUAAAACCUUUUCCAUCCCUCUGCCUCUCUUUCUCCUCCUCCCACAUUCCCAACUCUCCUCCAUCUGUUACUCAGCCAUCUUUCAUAUCUGCUGCCUCCCAUCACUCAUGUCCCCGUCCCUGUCACUCUCCCAUGUUCAUCAUCCCACAGAUUAACACGUGCAAUUUUACAUCAAGUUGUCUCUUGAACCGUAGAGUUGAAUAUUAUUAGUUUUUUCUUUUGGUCAGUGAUUGAAGGGAAGGCUUCGUCCUUCAUCAAUCGUGUCUUCAUUGUUUGUCAGGAGGGGAAAAAAAGGAACUAUUUUCAUACCUAUUGCGCUCUAGUUUAUUUUUACUUAUUCAAAUGAACCUAGUUUAGCACUCAUAUUUUCUUAAAACUAAGAAGAAGAAGAAAGGAAGAUGCUCUUUUUUUGAAUAUUUAGCUUAAUUUGCUGUCGUCUGUAAAUUUGCUCCAGAGUUUGAGUCUUGUUAUAUUUUUGCACAGAUUGAAAGAGGAGACUCAUGAAUACAGGACAUAUUUUCAGGUCUGUAUCAUUAUGGAACAUGCAUAUGCUUUAAGUAAUGAGGCACUUGGCCAUUAAGCAUUUUUAACCGUUAACCCACCACACUACAUACACUACACGCAAAGGAGGUAGCCCACAGUUUUAUGGCUGGCUAUCUGUUGGGAAUUUUACUUUUCUUUUUUUGGAUCACUGUCUCGCUCCAGAUUCAGUUGAAAUUGUGCUUUUUUUUCCUUUUUAAUCUUUUUGUUUUUGUUUUUACAUUAGCAAGCAGGGUAUUGAUGAAUGGCUGUUUUGUUGGAAUCAGGUCGUCCAUCAUGUUAAACUUAAGUAAUAAAGACAUUUUAGUUCUACACACCUGAUGCUUAUAAUGGGUCCAUAUGCUAAGUUACUGUACAUAAACAUAAAGAAGUAUUUCUCCUGUUGUAGACACUAAGUGCUGACACAGUUUAGGGAGAAACACUAGAUUCAUGGCAUCAUUCAAAGAAGUAUACACAUGUUCUUGGCUAACUAGUAAGUCAUGAGGUGUAAUAUAGGAAAGGUUAAAACAACUCAAUGGUCAAUUAUUCUCUCCAAAGAACUAAUGAUCAGGUGUCUUUUUAUUUGAAGGUGGAUUCUUCACACGGGACAAAAGGGUUUUAAAAUCUGCUUCUUUUUGACACAAAGACAACUGCAGUGGCAUGAUGCUCACUCGCUAACCAACGAGCACCUGCUGCAGCAACAAGGUUUAUCUAACAUUAGCCAGCAUAUGCUAACUGCUCACACCAGGCCAAAAACAGCUGGAGCCCCCCCCCCCCCAGGAGUCUCACUUUAAAUCUUAGUAUAGAAGGGCACCAGAGUCGGUUAACUACUAACCCCUUUUUCCUCAGUGCGUCAAACAUGAAGCUUGGCCUUCCAGAUCCGGGUGUCUUAUCGGAGAGCUUAUACAGAAACGUCUUACCCUCAGUGUAAGAAAUAUCCAGACGAAAAAAUGACAUGUCAAAAUGAGUUGGUUUCUAUUUUCUUUCUUUUUUUUGUUGGUGCCCUCUCGUUAAAUUGUCUUUUAGAGACAAAUUGCCACUUUGAUGUAAGAACUGACCUCUUUUUGGGAAAACCUUGCCAUGUUUUCGCUGAUGUGACUCGGUAUAUAAGGACGCCAAGCCUUCUCAAUGAGGCUUGACAAAUAAUGAACUCUUGCAUUGUACACUCCAAUAAAAGGUUGAUAUUUACACA